GAGUUUCCUUGUUAGAAAAAUCUAAGAGCGCGCAGUCAUAGCACUGUGGGGGAAUCUGAAUUUGACACAGAAUUUAAGAUAUGUAUAUAUUUUAGGGUAAUUUACAAUAAGUGAGGAUUCAAAAUGUAUUUUGUUGUAGUUUUGCUCUUGUUUGGAACACUUUCAACGGUGAACAGUGAGACAUUGUCGCUGAGCUACAUCUACACGGCCCUCUCAAAGCCAGUUGAAUUGCCUGGUAUCCAUGAGUUCACUGCCAUGGGCCUGAUGAAUAACAGACAGAUCGAUUACUAUGACAGUGUGGAUAAAAAGAAGAUUCCCAAACAGGACUGGAUGAGGGAGAAGCUGCCAGCAGACUACUGGGAAAAAGGCACUCAGUCACGCAAGAGCAAGGAGCAGUGGUUCAAAGUCAAUGUCGACAUCCUGAUGAACCGAAUGAGGCACAACAACACUGAUGUCCAUAUCCUUCAGUGGAGGCAUGGCUGUGAGAUUGACAAACAGCCAGACGGCACAUUGAAAUUCAUAAAGGGCACUGACCAAUACAGCUACGAUGGUGAUGACUUCCUGGCCUUUGACGAUGCCACUAUGCAGUGGGUGGCACCAGUUGAUCAAGCUCUGCCGACUAAGAGGAAGUGGGACGGGGUGCAGAUCCUCAACCAGUACACCAAGGGCUACCUGGAGAAGGAGUGUGUGGACUGGCUGUCCAAAUUCAUGGCAUAUGAGGACAAAGAGGCUAAUAAGCACUCACCUCCAAAGGUCUAUGCAUUUGCUAAAAAAGCCAAAAUUGCAGGACUUAUUCGACUGACCUGCAUGGCCACAGGUUUCUAUCCCAAAGAUGUACUAAUGCAUAUUAAGAAGAAUGGCGUCCAAUUGACCAAACAAGAUGGAGUGCAGUCUGACGGAGUAUUACCCAAUGAUGAAGAGAGCUACCAGAUCAGGAUGAGUGUGCAGAUUCCAGAGGCAGACAAGGAAACUUAUGAAUGCUUUGUCAACCAUAGAACGUUGAAGGAGCCAAUUGUGGUCAAAUGGGAUGGAAAAUGCUGUGAUUGUAGCCAAGGCACAGUUGCUGUCAUUGUUGCUGUUGUUGUUGCGGUGGUCCUCCUGUUAGCCGUGGUUACCUCACUUUUGGUUCUUUGGAGGAUAGGCACAAUAUGUGCUGGUCAAACAGGAGCUCUAAUGCCUACUGGGAAUCAGGCACCUCUGAAUGUGACAAAAGAUUGUGCUAGCAGCACUUCCUCUGACUCUGGUCAAGGCAGCAAUGAACGUCUAGAGAGGGAGACAAUGCUGACAAAUGGAGUGACAACAGAUGGCGCUAGCAGCACUUCCUCUGACUCAGGUCAAGGCAGCAAUGAACGUCUAGAGAGUGAGGUAAUGCUGACAAAUGAAGCCACUGGGGAGUGACUGACAACGCAUUCAAAUCCAGCAAAGAACGUGUGAUUUUGUUUUGUUAAUCAGCAAAUAUUGUCAAUCUAGAUGUGGUCAUUCCCAUAUGCAUUGAUCAUUUUGAUCAGGUUGGCUUGGAUAUGAAAUACUUAUUCAUUAACAUUUUGAUGUUUUGAAUAUCGUAGUGGAAUUCUUUGUUUGAUUAAAAUGUACCAAAUUAUUUUUCAACAAAUGGAUUGACCAUUUUAAUUUAUUGGUAUUGGAACCAUUAGUCUAUUUGUAUUGCACAGUAGAUUCAAAUGAUUGAUUAUUUUAAACUAGAAACCAAUCUUUGCACGCACAGAAACACACACAGAAACACAUACACACACACACACACACUGAACUGCUUUUUAAAUAGGUUUGGUUUUUUAUGGAAAGUAUAAUGAAUAAAUAAUUAAUAAAGGACUGCUUUGAUGAACCAA